AUGGUCGUGGCAACGUGUUUGCUCGUUUUAGCGGUCCUGUUACUGACAGGCGCUAAAUCCAACAUCACAAACAACAAAAUCGACGAUGCCUGUAACCUACCCGACGACUUGAUCAAGGAAAUCAGAUCCUACGAGCCGAUAGUCGAGAAAAUUAUUGGGGCGACGAUGAAUGGAAAGUUUAAAGGUGCCACAUACAAUGAGCUGACGAAGUUUGUGGAUAAGUUUGGUCCAAGAGUGUCGGGUACGAAGAAUUUGGAGGAUUCUAUUGAUCAUAUGCUGGAUUUGUUGAAGAAAAAUAAUUUGGAUAAUGUGCAUGGGGAAGAGGUGCAAGUUCCACAUUGGGUCAGAGGCGAAGAAGAGGCCUGGAUUCUCGAACCCAGACUAACCAAUCUCCCAGUUCUGGGACUGGGUUUCUCAGUAUCAACCCCUGAAGAGGGCAUAACAGCCGAAGUACUCGUAGUGAAAUCAUUCGAAGAACUGAAUCAAAGCAACUUCACGGAAAAAGCCAAAGGAAAAAUAAUAGUCUUCAACAACGACUACGUCACCUACGGCGUUUCGGUUAAAUACAGAAGUCUUGGUGCAUCCAGGGCGGCCGAGAAAGGCGGUGUUGCCGCUCUUGUGCGAUCUGUGACGAACUAUUCGCAAAGAACUUUGCACACCGGUAUGCAAAGUUAUGAAUCUGGGGUUAGAAAGAUACCUGUUGCUUCUAUAACAGUGGAAGAUGCGAGGUUCUUGCAAAGAUUACAAGAUAGAGGAGAGAAAAUCGUCGUGAAACUAAAGUUAAUGAAUGUUAAUAAUAAACCAAAAACUUCAAGAAACACCGUUUCCGAAAUUAAAGGAAGCCAAAAACCUGAGAAAGUCGUUCUUGUAUCUGGACAUCUGGACAGUUGGGAUGUCGGUAAUGGAGCUAUGGAUGAUGGUGGAGGCGCUUUUAUUUCAUGGUACUCUCUCGUGGUGUUAAGAGCUUUAAAUUUAACCCCUAAACGUACCGUAAGAUGCGUCUUGUGGACGGGCGAAGAGUUUGGACUUACAGGCGUUAUCGGUUACAAUGCUACUCAUGCCAAUGAAUUGGAUAAUUUUACGUUUGUAAUGGAAUCAGAUGAGGGAACUUUCACUCCACAAGGUUUGGUUUAUUCUGCUGGAAAGCAAGGAGGAUGUAUAUUGCAGGAAGUUCUUAAGCUGAUGGCUUCAAUCAACGCAACGCGUGCGGAGUACGGAGCCAGCUGUGGAUCUGACAUUUCCAUAUGGACUGGUAAUGGUAUACCAGGAGCAUCGCUACUCAACGACGCCGAAAAAUAUUUUUGGUACCAUCACAGCGCCGCUGAUACAAUCGACGUUGAAAAUCCCGAUGACUUGGAUAAAGGUCUGGCGCUGUGGGCGUCAGUUGCUUACAUCAUUGCAGAUUUAAGUCUAGAAUUUCCGAGGGAGAGGGUGCCUGAUAGUAUUGAAGGAUCUUUGCUACUUAAAGCGCUAAAUCAUCAUAAAGUUUCGAAUGGAAAUUAA